AUGUCCACGGAAGUACUCGUGGAAUACGACGACGUGGAGUGGCAAAGAAGGGAGUGGUUGUCGCCCCACAGGGAUGCUGUGUUUUCCCUCUUCCUGGUGGAGAAAGGGCUCUGCUGGGCCGAGAGACCGGACCCACGACACACCAGCCUUAUCACCAUCAACCACCACAACCACGACAACCACACGAACAACAACCACCACCACCCCCAUCACCACCACCACCACAGGAUGAAUGGGAAACCCUUAAGAGGUGCGACCGCGGCUGCCAACACCGUCGCCUGGCCUGCCCUGACAUUCUACCCUCUUGUCGCCCGUGUAGAUCUCUCGGAGGACUCGAUGCCCCUUGAGUUCAUGCAAGACCGGCGACUUGACUUCUGCGACUAUUCUGAGUUGAAGAUCUUCACGCAGGACUGGGAAUUAACGAAAGGAUCGGUAUCCUGGGCGAAUGCUGUUCGACGCUGGUCUGAGAUGCAGGAUGGCCAGAGGAUCCUUUUGACAACUCCAAGUGUCCUUGUCGGAUUUCGUGUCGAAGUUUAUCGGGCCGAAGGCACCACCCAGUGGUACACCGCAGUAAUUGUCGGGUACAAUGAGUCCACGAAGGAUUUGACAGUCACCGAUGAUACCGUUCUCGAAGAUCAUAACGAGGAUCCAAGUCUGGUGCAAAUGCGCUUAAUUGGCGAUGGAGUGGUGGAGAGCAUCAUGAGAGGCGAGGUCGUUGGCAUGACUCAACGGAGGUCAAGAUCAUCGACGGGAUUGACGCAUGCUCUUGUCGUGCCGAGAGCCGGUCGCAGACCACGAGGACGUCCCGGAAACGCCGCCCAGCCUCAGCCAUCCCCCAGGACCCAGAGUCCCGUUUCCCAGCAGCUCGACAAAGAAAGAGGAAACGGGCGUAGCAGCCGACGAAGACGAGCCAGCGACUGCGUAAAUAAAGAAGCCGAAGUGACGGCGUCCUCUCGUCAGGAAGAUCGAGAGAACAAGGGACCACCAACAAGACCAGGGAACAGAGCGCCCAGAACGGUCCUCGAAGAAGCAAACAAGGAUUCCGGAAGCGCGACCAAACUCCGGCGAAGAGGUGGUCCAGGGGUUAAGGGACCCCUAGAAAGUCUUCCCCAGCGCCAGAUCCGAAGGAGAACAAAGCCAGUGUCGACCGAGUUGAGGACAGCCAGCAGCUCCGAGGAGUUAGAGGACCCACCGGUCGCCAAGAGCCCGAAAGAAGAGGAACUCUCCACCAGACUCGAUUCUGGAAAGGAAGAGCCAGAGGAGGACGAGGAAGGCAACGGGGAAUCAGGGGAAGAGGACCCCCUGACGAAAAGACUCAAGACAGGGAAGCUAAAGACCGACCCGAAGAGUCCGGACACCGCCUUGGAAGAGGAGGACCAUCAGCGGAGCCAUCAGCAGGAGGCGCUAGAAGGUGCGGUCAAGGAGGAGACGAAAGCCGGGCCAAAGAAGGUAGAAGACCAGGAGGAGGACGAGGAGAGUCAGUCCAGGGAGCGGGACCGGGAGCCGGAGCCUCCACCUCCAGACAAAGACCCGGGAGGUCCUCCGGCCGAGAAAGAGGAGGCCGCGGACCCCAAGGAUUCGAGCAUCGGCGACCCGACCCCAUGUGACUCGGAGCCCCUCGCGGAGAAGGCCCCGGAGCGCUCCUCGAGGAGCCUUCGGCCCGAGGAGGAGGAGGACGAGGAAGAGCUAGUGGCCACCUCCGGAGCGCACCGGGCCCCCGGGGUGACGACGGUAACCGAAAGCACGGAGGACAGCGCGGCGAGCAUAGGGCGCGCCGCCAGCGUCGAGUCCGUGGAGUUGCUAGAGUCGAGCAGUCAGGACGGCUCCGUGCUGGAGAGGCUGAGUCCCCUGGUCCCCAGGAGGCGGAGCCUGCUCCUGGAGGAGCAGGAGCGGAGCCGGCACAACGAGAGCCCGGUGAUCCUCGCGGAGAGGCUGAACAAGCCGCCUCCGCCGGGGCCCGGCCACCAGCCGCAGUACCACCAGCAGCAGCACCACCACCAGCUGCAGGCGGCGCAGCUCCAGCACCACCACCAGCGCGGCUACCCCAACGGCAGCCCGGUGGUCCACCAGCACCAGCAGCACCCCCAGCACUACCAUUCCCUGGCGGGCAGCCCCCACGACCACCACGCCCACCACCACCACCUGAUCGGCGGCCUGCUGGACGGCCAGCAGCAGCACCAGCUCCACCACCAGCACCCUGGGACCCGGCCCGGCGGCGAUGAGUCCGGCCUCAUGGAGAUGGAGGCCGGGGCCGGCGUCGUCCCCGGGGUCCUGGCCGGAGGCCCCAGCUCCGGACUGCGCGCCGCUUACGGGGACAGCGGCUCCGACAGCGGGGUCAGCUCCUUGAGGAGCGCCGGCUCCGGAGACGAGCGCAGCGGUAGCCGCAGCUCCGCCCUCAGCGCCGAGGAGACCGCCACCCCUGCCGCCGCCGCCGCCGCCGCCACCACCCCCGCCAGGGUCUGGCACGUCCAGAGUGUCCAGCACGCCUCGCUACUGAUGGCUCACCCCCAGGGCGCGCCGUCCGCGGCCGGACCCUCCGCCGCCGCCGCCCCCGUCGGCUACCAGACCGCCGCCGCCCCCGCGCACCACCACCCCGCCGUCGCCUCCGAGAUGCUCUGGCGACCCCCCCGGUACCCGCCCCUCCCCCACGCGCUGCUCGCCCCCUCGCAGCCCAGCCCCGAGGAGAUGCUCGAACGCGACCGGCACGAGAGGAUGCUCAGGUGA